CUAAAUAAUGUCUAAUAUAGUGCAAUAUAUAAUUGUUCGUAGCGAUUUAAAGUCGGCACUUGGAUGGCCACUGGGCGCCGUAAUAGCACAAUGUUGUCAUGCCUCGACGGCUGUAAUGCAUUUGCAUCGCGAGGAUGAAGUCACCAAAUCAUAUCUGGACGAUUUGGAUAAUAUGCACAAAGUGGUAUUGGGAGCCAAAGAUGAAGAUGCUCUACGCAAACUUUCCGAUAAGCUGACCGAAAAUGAUAUUAAACAUAAAAUGUGGAUAGAACAACCAGAGAAUAUUCCCACAUGCAUUGCCAUUAAGCCCUAUGUGAAAGAGGAUGUACAUAAGUUUGUUAAAAGCUUGAAAUUGUUAAAGGAAUAAAU